AUGCUAACGGUGAGAUUGCGUUCAGUGGAAUGCAACUCAGCCAACAAGGUUUCAGUGGUGCUCAAGUGCGCCAAGGAUUCGAUACAACUCAAGGUUCAAACUCCGCAAGCUGUGAAAACUGGAUAUUUUGAUAUGUCAAAUGUCUUUCAUGAUGCUAUCAAGGGAAAGGAUGAGACUGACAAUGAUGUCUAUCUUAUUCCAUGUCCUGCUGGUAUGACAAAUGUCAAACUUCAAGCCGACUGGCACUAUGCUAGUGAAGAUGAAGAUUUGCCUGAUCUUGCUACCGAAGCAGAUCCAGGUCUGCAGUUUAUCCAAAGCCGUAGAAAGCAAAGAGAUCCAUUUGGGUUGUACGAUCAUGUCAUCAUGGACAGUGGUUGUACAAACACCACCAUUUGUAAUGGUGAGCUCAUGCAUGGACUCCAUCAUGCUGAGAAAGAACUUGAUAUCCACACUAACGUGGGCAGCAGAGUUCUCGACAAAGAAGGUUUUCUAGGAAAAUUUCCACCUCCAGUUUAUCACGAUGAAGAUGGAAUUGCCAAUGUACUUGCUAUGCGCAAGAUGAUUGCUGCGGGAUACUGA